UUAACAGGAAAAACACUCUUGAGAACCCGGUUAAUCAUCCCUGUGGCCUUUGAAAACAGUCACGUCACGAUGCGGCUGUGGGUCGUUAUUGCGGUGCUCCUCGGGGCGGUGAGUUACGGCAGCACCCUCUUUCUGCCGCUAAAUGGAGCUAUACCCCUUCCAUUGGUCAUCGGUCCUGGCCCCAUCAUUGUUGCUCUGCUGUGGAUUUUAAAGGUGGGUGGUGUUAGUGGUGAUGGUGGUGCUGGUGGUGAUGCUGUUGAUGUUAGGUGCCCCAGAACAUCCCACACCAGAACACCACGCUCCGGAACACCCCCCACCAGACCACCACGUCCCGGAACAUCCCCACCAGAACACCACGCCCCGGAACACCCUCCACCAGGACACCAUGUCCCAGAACACCCCCCACCACCCCACCACGCCCCACCAGCCCACGAGCACACAGUAGAUCACGCUGAGGGAGUGUCCAGCUACAGCCACCUCAGGAAACGCUCCCUUGAAGAUCUACAGACGGAGGGAAUUGUGGGAGAUUUAGCUGACGAGUCCCUGGAGGAGGCGGAGGAGAUGCUAUGGAACACUGCCCUCAAAUGGGACCCCACCGGCUGCUCCAUGAAGCUUCUGUGCCACCUUCAGGAGCUGCCCCAGGGGAACGCCACCAUGGAGGAGUCGGUGCUGGCGUAUCUAUUCAGCCACGCCCCACAACAGUACUGCCUCCAGAGCUUCCCCGCGUGUCCCAUGUCCGGAGGCGAGCUGCGGUACCUCCUGCAGCAGAUUUGAGUUACGGGAGCGCUCACUGUUUUGGUUCAGCCGCCUCAGGAACACUCACGAAUCUUUCCGUUUGUUUUCUUAUGUUUACGACGCUGGGAACUGUCUAUUUAUCUAUGAACCUAUCUAUCUAUCUACUUGCUAUUCUGUUUAUCAAUCUGUCUAUGUAUCUAUCUAUUCAUCUAUUUAUCUCUCUAUCUAUCUGUCUGUUUUUCUGUCUAUCUGUGGCCAAGUUGUAGCGUCGUUCAGUCAGUUAUUCAGUUUCAUUAAGUUAUUUCUUUGUUUAUCAGUUUAUUCACUACUUCAAAAAUGUUUCCUUUUAGUAUUACUUCAGAAACACAAAUUCCUUUCCUUUAUCUAUUUAUUGUUCUGAAGUUCACGUGUGUUUUAGCUGUUAACCCCUUCAGCACUGGGACGCAUUUUUUACCUUGAGUUUUGCGUGUGAUUGGACAAUUUUAUUUAUAGUAUGGGUCUGUGGAGGUCGGAAGAUUAAUGGCCAGGAUCUUCAGUAUUCUAAUCCCAACGUGAGUAUCUAAAACUGUAUAGAAUCAGCGGAUAGUAAGCAGAAUGACUAUGAAAGCGCGUGUCAUGGUGCUGAAAGGGUUAAUAGUCACUUAUUUUAUUUAUUUGUCUAUUUAAUUGUCGUUAUAGUCUAUUUAGUUCAGUUUAUUUAUUACUUCUCAAACAAACAUAUCUUUGUUGUUGUUGUUGUUGUUGUUGUUGUUGUUGUUGUUUCUCUCUCUCUCUCUCUUGAUGUCACGUGUGUUGAAGUGUUAAUGUAAUGCCUAUGUUGUGUUAGUGUGUGUGUGUGUGUGUGUGUGUGUGUGUGUGUGUGUGUGUGUGUGUGUGUGUGUGUGUGUGUGUGUGUGUGUGUGUGUGUGUGUGUGUGUGUGUGUGUUGGUGUGUUUGUGAAAUAUAAUUUAUUGAUCAUC